ACUCCUCCGAGCUUGGCGCGCGGGACCGCCAUUUUGUGCCUCCCUCGUUCUCGCCUUCCCGCCCAGUGCCGGGCGGAUUGAAUGAAGAGUCGCCACCAUGUCCUCCUCUCCGCCUUCGGCCGCCCCUCCGACCCCCUCCCCGGGCACCCCCAGAGCGUCGGCGUCGGCCGGAACCCCUCUGUCGCCCACGCGCAUCUCGCGGCUGCAGGAGAAGGAGGAGCUGCGGCACCUCAACGACCGCCUGGCCCACUACAUCGAGCGGGUGCGCGCCCUCGAGCUCGAGAACGACCGGUUGCUGCUCCGCGUCUCCGAGAAGGAGGAGGUGGUCACGAGAGAGGUGACCGGCAUCAAGGCCCUCUAUGAGUCGGAGUUGGCGGAUGCCCGGAGAGUUCUUGAUGAGACGGCCAGAGAGAGGGCCAAGCUGCAGAUUGAAAUUGGGAAGCUGCGAGCGGAACUUGAUGAGCUUGCCAAGAGCUACAAAAAGAAAGAUGGGGAGUGGUCCACAUCUCAGGGCCGCAUCAAGGAGCUGGAAGUCCUCUUCCAUCGGAGCGAAGCAGAACUCACGGCAACCCUGACAGAGAAGCGCAACCUGGAGGCGGAGGUGGCCGACCUGCGUGCGCAGCUGGCCAAGUCAGAAGAUGGUCAUGCUGUGGCAAAGAAGCAGCUGGAGAAGGAGACUCUGAUGCGGGUGGACCUGGAGAAUCGCUGCCAGAGCCUGCAAGAGGAGCUUGACUUCAGGAAGAACAUUUUUGAAGAGGAGGUGCGGGAGACACGGAAGCGGCACGAGCGCCAGUUGGUAGAGGUGGAUAGCAGCCGCCCGCAGGAGUGCGAGUCCAAACUCUCCCAGACGCUGGAAGACCUUCGCCAGCAGCAUGACGAGCAGGUCCGGCUCUACAAGUUGGAGGUGGAGCAGACCUACCAGGCCAAGCUGGAGAAUGCCAAACUCUGCUCUGACCAGAACGACAAAGCUGCCAGUGCUGCUCGGGAGGAGCUGAAGGAGGCCCGUGUGAGGAUUGAAUCUCUCAGCUACCAGCUCUCAGGGUUGCAGAAGCAGGCGAACGCCGCAGAAGACCGGAUUCGGGAGCUGGAGGAGCUGAUGGCUGGUGAGCGAGAGAAGUUCCGGAAGAUGCUGGACGGCAAGGAGAGGGAGAUGACAGAGAUGCGGGACCAGAUGCAGCAGCAGCUGAUGGAGUACCAGGAGCUCUUGGACGUCAAGCUGGCCCUGGACAUGGAGAUCAGCGCCUACCGGAAGCUCCUCGAAGGGGAAGAGGAGAGGCUGAAGCUGUCCCCCAGCCCCUCAGCCCGUAUCACUGUCUCACGGGCCACCUCCUCGUCCAGCAGCGGCAUUUCCGCCUCCCGCUCCUCCCGGGGGAAGCGGAAGCGCCUGGAAAUAGCAGAGGAGUUCUCUGGCAGUGGCUCCAGUGGGUUCGGCCCCAGGAGCAGCAGUGCCACCAGUAGCAGCGCCUUCCAGACUUCCCAGCAGGCUUCUGCCAAGGGCAGCAUCAGCAUCGAGGACGUGGACCCAGAGGGGAAGUAUGUUCAGCUGAAGAACCACUCUGACAAGGAUCAGUCUCUUGGGAACUGGAGGCUGAAGAAAAAGAUUGGUGAGGGAGAGGAGGUGGCUUACAAAUUUACCCCGAAAUAUGUCCUCCGGGCUGGGCAGACGGUCACAAUCUGGGCAGCUGAUGCUGGGGUGGCCCACAGCCCACCUUCCGUCCUUGUGUGGAAACACCAGGCCAGUUGGGGCAUCGGGACCAGUGUCCGCACCUACCUGGUGAACUCUGACGGAGAGGAAGUUGCUGUGAGGAGUUUGACUCAGUCGUCUGCUGUGCUGCAGGACAAUGGGGAGGAAGAUGAGGAGGCAGAGUUUGGGGAGGAAGACCUCUUUCACCAGCAGGGGGAUCCCAGGACCACCUCCAGGGGCUGCAUCGUCAUGUGAGAGGAAGGAAAACCGUCUCUGCUCAUCUUUUCUCCUCCUUUUUUUGCCCCGCUUUUGAUUUGCCCAGAGUCACUGAAACUAUUUUUAUACAUUGCAUAUGAUUCCUCCUUUUUUCUUUCUUUUUUCUUGGGAGUUGGUUCCUUAGUAAACUUUUUAAAGAGAGAACUUGAAUCAGCCAGAACUGCCACCGUGUUUUGAAGACUUGCUUUCCCUUUGGAAUGCCCAUGGUCUACUUUGUUGUUUUACUUGCAAGCCAAAGAGUGAUGCAGCUCCAGGAGUUUCCAGGGAAGAGAAAGCAUGGCUGAAGUUGUCACUCCGGAGUGGACAGUCUGCUUCUGUGACCCUCCUGUUCUUGUGCUGGGGGGAGGUGGUCGGGUGGUGACCCUGGGUGUAAGCCUGCCUGUGCCCUCAGGGGCAACCUCAGUGGUUGUGCAGAUAAAACCAGGUGGCAAAUGUGAGUAGUAGUGAUAUUUUCAUGCAAUUGACCCAAGGAGGGAGUCUCCAGGUGUGCCUCAGAAGCCCUGGAGCUCCUAGGACAGAACGACUCUUGAAUCAGUUUGGGCAGCUCUGUGUGGAGCAUGGAGGUUUCAGAAGCUGAGAUGAAGUGAGGAGCACUGAUUUUAGGCAAGGGACGGGAGCUUGUUUGAAGGAAGUUUGGUCCUCCAGUCAUUUGCAGAACUUCCUCUGCCUAAGUUCUGCUGCCAUGCUUUCAAGCAGGGAACAAUCCUAACCAUGUCUACUCAGAAGUAAGUCUUGUUGAUUUCAGUGGGGCUUACUCCCAGGUAAUUGAGGUUAAGAUUGCUGGUUCCUUGCGGAAUGACCCUAGAAACAGGGUUUUAUAAAGUCAAAGGCCCACUGAAUCCAAUGGAUGCAACUCACUUGAAUGCCAUUGAGGGAGAUGACUCUCGCUCUGAGUAGGUCUUACUCCAAUGCAACCCAUCAUCCUGGAACGUUGGCCCUUAUGAAGUCUAGAUUUUGUGGGAACUGUUUCUGUAGCUGAAGGCAUUGCCCUCAAAUUCCCGAGUUGAGUCCUCACACAAGACGUGUCAGCUGCUGAGAUUCUGCUUGGAGGUCUGUGUUUUUCCAUCCUCUGCAGUAAAAAAAAACCCAGAAGCGACUUGUCUGCUUGUCUUGUCACUGGAGACAAGUGGUGGGGAUGUGGGACGUCUUCUGCCAAGUCCCUCUUCCUUGCAGCUCGCUCGCUCCACACUUCCCAGAGAGGGCAGAGGCAAGCUCAGUGUUGCACUGUGAGCAGAGGCUCCCCAUGCUCCAAUGCACAGGGCAGCCUUGCCAGUUCCAGGGUGCUUUGUUUGGAGGGGGAGUUUAGAGAAGAUGCUGCCGCUGCUUACUCUGCCCUGAUCUGCACCACCUCACAGAGUGAGAGGACAAGGUAUGGGCAGGUAGGUGAUAAGUAUCUGGAGCAGACGGGCAGUGACCGUCUCCUUGGUCUUGCAGAGUCCUUGGCACAGCUGUUCUCCACCAAAGGAGCUGCCUCGGCUGAGCAGCACCUGUCCAAAGGUGGUGUGUGAUGCUUUCCUGGCAGCCCUGGAUCUCCUUGAGGGGCAAGCAGGGUUGCAUCUGGGGCAGAGUUAGUGGCGCCAGGAAGCAGCAUGUCCCAGUUGCAACAGUGGAGGGUCCUGCCACCCACUCCUGGGACCCCAGGACUGUGGCUCAGCCGAUGAUGCUUUUAGUGGCGCGUGUACAGAGAGGAGAUACAGCCCUGCAGAUAUUCAUGUUCAUAGGGUCUUGUGGGGAGGGUUGCCGGGCAAGACUUUGAUCAUGGCUUUGCUGCAGAGCAAGUUGGGUGGGAAUGGAUGGGUUGGGGAACAAAAUGUCCUACUUUAUAUUUAAAAAUAAUACUAAAAAAACACCAGAGGUGCUAAUAUUCCACAGGCAUUUUAAUGAUGCCACGUGGUGUGUUAAUUACUUGUGUCACGUGAUAGAGAAGCAUUUUAGAUUUAGCUUUUGGAAGCAUGGCUUCUGCCUCCCCCUCUUCCGCAUGAUGCUCCUUCUGCUCAGCUUGACCAGGGGGCUGAGGGCAUUUGCCAUAGACGUUGCUCUCCUGUCCCUCUGAAUUCUGUUUCUCACAGCUGCUCUUCCAAGGCCAAUCUCCUUGUUUCUGUGAAUACUAAAGAUGUGAAGGUGCAAAUGUGCUACUGGGCUAAGCAGGCUGCUCUUGUGCUGGCCUGAGCCAGAGGGGAGGAGGAGGGUUCCAGACUGCUCUGCAAAGCUGAGCCAGGGACCUGAACAGAGUCCCCAUACAGUUAGGGUGGCCACCGGCUUUGGGGGGCACCUUCCACUUGGGGCUCCCUAGCCUGGGGCUGCACUGACCCCCCCCCUGAAAUCGUCAUUCCAGAACAAUUGCUGUGGAAAUGCCAAGGCCAGCGCUCCUUACACUGUCUCCCCUGGGCUCGGGCUCUGGCUGUGGCAGGGAGGGCAGAACCAGGAGCUGAGAGCUGUGAAAGGCCUUCAAAGGCCAGGCCCACCCCUUCAUAAUCAGGACGACCUUAGCUGGGGUCCCACAAGUUUGAUGUCCCUCACCUCAGUUUGAGCUGCUUUCAGCCCGGAUGGAUCUCAUCCCACCAAUCCAGUAGGCCCCAAAUCCACUUGUUUCCAAGAACUUCUUGGGGGUCCCACUUUCUGUCUCUAGGUCUGAGCCCAUCUGAGAGGCCAGUUCCCUCCUGGCCUCAACCCUCUGUCACUUGUUCAGCUUCCACUCUGUUUGCUCCCACUGGGGAGUGGAGUUGUUGGGCUGCAACCUGAGAGACAGAAUGUUUUGUGGGGGUUUUUGCCCUUAAAAUGCUGUAGACUUAGAAAAAGCAAAUUUAUAUUCGCCCUGGGCUGUUAUUCACAUAUGGCUAUUAGAAAAUUUUAAUGCUGCCUUGAAAUGCUAAAGUCUAGAGAGCAAACCCUUGAAAAGUGGAAAAUCUCUGGGUUGCUUGCCGGGGGGCGGGGUUGAGUCUUUGCUUCUCACCACAGCAGUGGAAUGGCUGAUCAUGUUUCCGCCUCCUGAUGUCUUGGGCAGACUGCUCUGUGGGUGAAACACGCCUGCCUGCCCCAUGCCCUGUCAAUUGACACUAACUCCACAAGCAAUAAGCUAUUUGAAACUCUAAAGAAGUGUUGCAAACUUUGCCUCUCUUCAUACAGAAAGGAUUUGCUUAUUGCAACUUUUAUUUUUGUAGAGUGAAUUUCUGACUUGCAGGUUUUGUUCUUGCGUGGUGACAGGAAAGACUCAGAGUGAAUGCUGUGGAAGAGGUGGCAUUGGCAUUGCCCAUCCUUUGGAGGAGACUGAUCUAUUUAGCAUUUCAAAUUUGUUUUGCUUUAUUAUGGAUAUGCAUGCCAAAUUCUGUCUUUUUCGAGGAUUUGUAAUAUACCUUUUCUGACUGGAAACCUUUUGUACGAGACACUCCAAUAAAUGUUUUGCAUUUUUA